GGGUUCCUCGGGUUCUCUUCUCUCUCUUGAUCUGAUUGGUAUAAACAGAACAUUGAACCUUUCCUUGCUUCCUACCCAUAUCUAAAACCUACUUUGGUACCCUUCCCUUUCUCUCUGUCCCCUCACCUCCAACUCCAAAGCUUCUCGUCUUAACCCUGGCCUUUUCAUCUCCCAAACCCACUUUCCUUCGGGUUUCAUUUUAUUCCCUUGCUUUUAACAUAACGUACCAUAACAUAUAAGCCUUCUUUAUUCCCUCCUUUAUUCUGUUUCUUUAUAUAUUGCCUCGAAGAUUUUUGCUUCUCUUUGAUCGAUCAACCACAACAUGGGGUUCUCCGAGAAGGUUGAUGGAGGCUUAGAAACGGAAGGGAAAAAAUGGGUUAUUGCCGGAAUCCCGUUACGGGCUCCGUUGAAGCCGAUAUACACGAACCCGGCGGAGAAGGAAUGGGUGGGCACCGACGGCCAAGAAGAGUGUUCGACGACGCCGACUAGGGAGGAGGCGAGGAUUCCAGCGAGGUUGACGUGCCCGCCGGCUCCGAGGAAGCGGAAAUCUUCUUUCAAGUGUAACUAUGGCGGUGUCAGGGAGUUCUUUACUCCUCCUGACUUGGAAACUGUGUUUAUGCAGAGGGGUAGCUAACUCGUUGAUUUGUUGAGUUUCGAGGGCUAGCUAGCUUUGAUAAUUUGUUAGAACUAAUAUGCGCUUCUUGUUUGUACCUUUAAUUUCUUUCUCUCCCUCUUUGUUUUCUCUGAUCAUGACCUUGUUAGGCUUAUUGUAGCAGUUUAUGUACAGUGUCUUCUAUAUAAAAGAGAAAAUAAAAUAAAAAAAUUGGUAAUUUAGCUUGCCUUAUGACUUAUGAA